AUGGAGGAUUCAAUUUCGAAUCUGGAGAAGACAAAGUCGACCUUCAAUCCGUGGGACGAUGCGCGAAUCUUGUCGCACAUCGGCACACACGAUCUCGCGCAUCUGAGGAACUUCAACGCGGCUGCCGACGCGAUGCCGACGCGAAACCGCAAACGCGAUACCGUAGACGUCGCGAGCGAGAAUUAUUACAACACCGUCGAUCGGGCGCCGUUUAAUUACCCGAGGACCAAUAAUCUCGUCAAUACGGUGCACCUGCAGAAUCCCUACAGACCGCCCCAGCGUCUGGAAGGAUACGCGACGCAUGAUUACUCGAAGGAUGUCUAUCGGUCGCAAGAUUCCUCCCUGAGAUGGAGAUACAACAACUUCACCACGAAGAAGGAGUCCGUCGCGAACAGGAGCAGCGAUAAAGAGGAGAACGAGAAAGUCGAACAGUCGAAGAAGAAAAAGCACCAAGUGUGCUCCGAUCUCGUCAGAUUUACCAACGAAUAUUGCACGAACAGCACCCUUCACGGCUUGCGUUACGUCGGCGAUUCGAAUCUGUCGAUCGUCGAGAGAGUAUUCUGGGCAAUCUCGUUCACCAGCGCGCUAGUAACGGCGAUAUACUACAUCGUAUAUCUCUACCAGAAGUGGGACAAUGCGCCGAUAAUUAUUUCUCUGAGUCCCUCGCCGGUUCCCCUCGCCGAAUUUCCGUUUCCCGCCGUAACGAUAUGCAACAUGAACCACGCCAAGAAAACUGAGGCAAGACGGAUCCUGAACGGGUCCGACUUGGCGAAGAAAUUAAUGCUGGACGAUAUCUGCGAUACGGAAACCAACAUGACCUUUGACAAAACCCAGGACUCGAUAAACUGGGAUUCGAUGCUGCAGUUUAUGAUUAAUGUAACUCAACCAUGCACGGACAUGUUGUACUAUUGUAUGUGGCACGGGAUUCCGAUGGAGUGCAAAAAUAUCUUCAACCCCACGAUGACCGACGAGGGGAUCUGCUGCAAUUUCAACGGGGUGAACCGACAGUUUCUCUUUUACGACGCACGCGAUUGGCCUGCUUUGAACAUAACGUAUCCGUCGCCCAGCAUCGACUGGAACGCCGAAAACGGGUACAACAGUAGUAACUCGGUGGAUGUCAUCCCAUGGAGACCGUACGGCGCCGGGAAAUACUACGGCUUGACGUUGGCCCUCGACGUGGACACGGAUGAAUAUUAUUGUUCGAAUACCGCCAGCGCGGGCUUCAAGAUGUUGCUCCACAAUCCCGUGGAGACACCAAAGAUCGCCGAUUUCUCGUUCUCGAUCAUGCCGGGCAAGGAGACCCGCGUGAUCGUGAAACCGCAAAUAUCGACCGCUAGCAAGACGCUCAUCUCCAUACCGAAGGCGAAGCGGAAGUGUUUCUUCACGGCCGAGAGGAAGUUGCGUUAUUACCGGACUUACACGCAGAGGAAUUGCGUUCUGGAGUGCGAAGCGAACUUCACGCAAAAGAUGUGCUCCUGCGUCCAGUAUUACAUGCCAAAAUCAUCGAACACGCAGAUCUGCGGCAAGAAGGACGAACAAUGCGCUCAGAAUGCGAGACGAGCCAUGGAGACGAAGCUGUACGACGAGGACACGGCUAAUUCGUUAAACGUCACGGAAUCACCGAGUUGCAAUUGCUGGCCGGGCUGCUUCGAGAUCAAUUACAGAGCGGAACUUUCCCAGAGUAGAUUGAUGUCGAUCACCGGCAACCCGGAGCCGCACAUAAAGAACAACGAGAAGUAUUUCACAAAGAACAUGGCGAUAAUUCACGUAUUCUUCGUGGAUUCUCAGUUUACCAAAUACGUGAAAACCGAGCUCUUCGGAUUCACCGAAUUUCUGUCGAGUACGGGCGGCUUGCUGGGCCUCUUCCUGGGCUUCAGCUUUCUGUCGUGCAUGGAAAUCUUGUAUUUCUCGACUAUGCGACUGUGGUGUCGCAGGUACCGUCAACCGGCGGCCUCGAGACCCGCCGCGCUUCAGAUGCACCCGUUGGAUCACAAGAAAAGGACGAUCUAUCCAUUCGCGAACUAAACUUGCCUCUUCAGA